AUGGUUCAGCCACCGGUGGCCGAUCAGCAGCCGGGCGUGGGCAUUGCCGCCGCCCUGGCCGGUGAUUCGCCGGGGAAGGUCCUCCCCACGGCCGAGGAGAUCAUGCACUUCCUGCGCGAGACCCUCUUCGCCGGGACCGACCCCUCGCUGGGCCCGUCGCCUCUCUUCCACCACUUCCCGACCCCGAGCCAGGGGGUGGUGAUCCAGACCAGUGUCGGCACCUUGCGCCAGGCUGUUCGGCCGGGGCUUCGGCCACUUGUGCUCGCCUGCAUCCGAGCAUACGCCCUGUCCGACAACAAUGAUGCCUACCUCCCGCUGAGCAUGCUCCUCUGGCAGGCCCGAUUGGCAGCCAGCCAUGGGAGCACCCCUUGCCAGGGGUCCGCACCCGAGGCCGAGGCCGAUGUCGAAGUCGACGCCCGGCUUCUGAAGUCCCUGGACCACCCCUCGCCGGUGGAUGACUGUGUGAUUUCCUUUGGAAUCUCGGUUCUGCUUGAUGUGGACCCGGCUUUGGCGGAGGACCGCCUUCAGGAGGAGCUCUGCCACACUGGCAUCUGCCGGAUCCGGUGCCUGAGAAUUCGAGAAACCCCAGGCCCCGAGUGGCAUUUGCUCCCCGACGAGGAACCAGCCAGCACGGGCUGCACACACACUGGGCCUCCUCCGCCGGGUGUUCCGCCCCGGCCGGCGGCCGUGGUCCUGCUGCGUUCGGGAGCGGUGCUGCUCAUCCAUCCGGACAUGCACCUGCAUACGGUGAGCGAUGUGAUCUUCUGCCGGGCGGCGCACAGCCUGGUGGGAGCCCCGCAGUCGGCGGCACUGGCCACCCUGCCGCCGGACUUGCCGCCUCCCUUCCCGGCCAGCCUGCUGGCCGGUGUGUCGGUUGACACCCUCAGCACCCUGCAGUCGCAUCCCUCACCGGGGCCCAAAUCCCCGCUCAUGGCUCGGGUUUCCUUCCAUGAGGCGGUGACCGGGCUCGGGGUGGCGUCCGGCUUCGAGGAGCCGGAUCUGUCCGAAAGCCGGCGGCUAUUUGUCCUGUACCAGGCCCUGCGACAUGUGGCGGAUAUCCACCGGGCCGGUCUGCAGCUGGGUCCUCUGGCCCGGUCGCCGGGGCUCUUUGGCAUCGAUCGCACCGGCUGGGUGCAUCUGCCUCCGAUUCCGCGGCGCCCGCUGCCCAGUCCGGUGUAUGGUGCGACUUUUCCUCCCCUCCUUCGGGCUUCCUUCUCCUCCGGGGCCUCCCUGUCCUUCUUCUUCUUCUUCUUCUUGCAUUCCCACCUGUCCCGCGACUGUUCGACUCCCGGCUGA